CUAGCCACUUGCAUUACUUUGGGCCACAACGUGUACUGCUUUAUACCUCGUCAUAUUCUGCCGGCUUAAAAUCGCAUUGUCGCUCAACGGAUUUCAAUUCCUUCCGCGCGUGGUGCGUAGUGGCGUCGCCCAAUCCCGACAAUCCCGACCAUGUCCCCUUGAUCUCGCGCCUACCUACACAUGAGCUCUGUGUCCCUCGAUACCAUGAUGAAUGGCAGAGACCGUCCCCGCGGGCCUCCGCCAGGGCCGCUACCAAAUCGUGGAGAUAUGCAGUCUGAUUCAGGCUCUAGCCCAAGCACGAUGACAAGAGGGGCCGCCUUUGAGGAUGAGAAGAAGCGGAUCAUUCAUAGUUGUUUCGCAAAAAAGGAUGAAGAUGGUCUCUUGCUCGAAUCCUAUAUAACGCACGUCCGCAUCACUGAGGAUUCAGCGCACCCCUCCAGCCCUUCCCCGCCAAACGGACCACCAGAGAACAAGAAACCCCGUAUCAUUAUCAUAUCGGUUCGAAAGUCAGGCAGAGUCCGCAUACACAAAGCUCGGGAGAACAAUGAGGGGACCUACUCUAUCGGCAAAACUUGGAUGCUUGACGAUUUAAGCGCAAUUCAAUCAUUUGCCUCUUUUGUGCCAAGAACACCGGGAGAGCAGCAACAAAAGGAGUGGGCGGGCAAUGUAGGAUUCACGGUCACAAUUGGAAAGCCAUACUACUGGCAUGCCAGGACUUCUAAGGAAAAGGAGUUCUUCAUCGGGAGCUUGGUCAAGAUCUACAGGAAAUACACCAAUGGAAAAGUCCCCAACCUCAUUGGUUUUGACGACAAGGAGCGACAAAUGCUGGCAAGGCAUGGACAAUCGGCCCAACCAGGACAGCCAGCACAACCAGCGCAACCAGGCGGUCCUUCAAAUGGUCCACCACCAAGGGGACAGCCAGCACAACCAGGCGGUCCACCGCCAAGGGGACCCGGUCCAAUGCCUUCAACAUCGGACAGCCCGGUGCCUCCUUCGCUACAACCGUCAUAUAGAGGUCAUGAUGCCAGUCGCGAUGCCAGUCGCGAUGCAAGUCGCGAUGGGCCCCGGGAAGUCAAAAGGAAGCCUUCCGAAGACCCCAUGCUUCGCACUCAAAAGAGCCGCGAGCAAAUGUCUCGGCCGUCGACCGGUUCUCGGCCAUCUACAGGACAAGGCAGACCGGCGCCAUCUCCCUUUGAUCUACAUAAAUCUCCUCCUUCGUCAUUCCUUUCUGAACCACCUUUGAACCAACAACCGCCGCCACGCGCAGCGGAGCGUAGCGCAGCAAACGCAACCCCCCGACCGAGGGGAAGAGAUAAUCUGACCGCUGCAGCACAAUCCAGCAGCUAUGCCGAUAUUCCAGAGUCACUCCGCCCAUCUUCUGCUCGCAGCCAGGAUCGCGGCCCCAAACCCCCUCCUCUUGCUACCCAGCCAGCCCCGAACAUGACACCAGAAUUCAUGCGCAGCAAUGAGGCCCUUCGUCCUACCACUUCCGGUUCUUCCAAUAAUGAGAAUAAGGACACAGCCCCACGUCCCCCGCCUAGCUUUGGGCCAAAGUCUCCCCAACGUGGUGGCGGUGAGAAGGCAUUCACGUUUAAUCAGCCCUCGCUGCCUCAAGAGAGAAGUGCACCAGAUAAUUUGUCGGCUGGAGCUCCCGCACCGCCCCGGGAACCGUCUUCGUCACCGGCAAUUGAGGGACUGGCUGCAGAGCCUGCUGCUAUUAUGGCUGCGAAUAUGCCCUCCGUAGAGCCUAUUGAGCCUUCCAAUGAAAAGCCCAAGACCCCUGUCGAAACUGUUCCUGCUGCGGACUUACCACCUCAAACUUCCCCAGAGCAGGUUGAAGAAACCGGCGAAUUCGAGCCGCAUCGCCCGGGGCUCGGCCCUAUGGUCAAGAAAAAGGAAGGCAAAGAUAUUGCAGGUGCCUGGAAAAAGGCUGCACAUGCUUAUGCUGGUUUCAAGCCCAGGGUUGGUGGGGCUGGUGAGCGACUGCUGGCAGCCGCGAAGAAGUCACAGGCCGAAGUCGCUGGGGGCCCUGAUGGCAUCACCAGCGUUAUUCCGGCGCCGUCCCUUUCCCGCUCGGCAACUGAUCCCCCGCAGAGUCCAGUGGCAACAAAGUCGGAACAAGAUCUACAACUCCCCGCACCCGCUGCAGAGCCAGAGACACCAACCGUCGAGAUUACAGAGCCAGCACCCGAGGAGAUCGCGGUAGCCCGUGUCCAAACUCCUGAGGUCUCACGGGAGAACCUCUCUGAUGUUGUUAUAAAGGUUGAAGAUCGUUCAAGAUCGCCAUCCCCGGCAGCUCAAGGACGUCGUCGCAGACGCCGUGAAGACCACACUAUGAAAUAUUGCCAGGCCCUUGGGAUCGAUCCCAGCAUUCUCGACGGACGUGGUAUCGACUUUGAUGACAUCCUUACUGAUUUGGGCUGGAACGGACGGUUGGCCGAUGAACAGAAGAUUGAGGAUCUGGAAGCAGAUGUUCGCCGUGAAAUUGGCCGUGUCGAGGCUACCAGCUGGCUUGGCAACCUUGAACAACAGGAAGGAAAGGUGGAACAACUUGCGAGCUUGAUUGACAGAACGAUUGAAGAGUGUGAUGAGCUGGAUGGUCUUUUGACCCUUUACUCUCAUGAACUGAACACUCUUCACGAGGAUGUUGCCUAUAUUGAAGCUCAAGGUCAAGGUCUGCAGGUACAAACAGCAAAUCAGAAGCUCCUGCAAAACGAACUCCAAACCCUUUUGAAGACACUUUCAAUAUCUUCAUCCGAGCUUGGGCCCCUCAAAGAGGCCUCUCUGAGCAACCCCGAUGGGUUGAAGGAUACUGAAAGCGCUCUAGCGACGUUGUACAAAGCCAUGCUCACGAUCGACUCUGACAUUGGACAAAACAAGAAACGUCAAGUCGAUGCAAGUGUCGGAGUGUAUGCUGAUACAGAAAUCGGCCAGAUGCGUGCGAUCAAGCAAAAGAAGGAAGAGUAUCGCUCUAUUGCAACAAUGUUCCUCAGCCGACUACAGCAGUUCAUGGCCCUUGCCUUCAAAAUGGCAGAACAAAAACGCGUUGAUUUGACCAUCGGUGCCAAGGAUUCCACGAAAUUAGACAGUGCCGCACGAGGGCAUUUCCGUCAAGAAGUCUGGCGGUAUAAUGCCCUGAUGCUAUUUGCUAAGGAGGUUAGCAUGACAGAAUGGCAUAGCCUUGUCGGUCUCUACGAGCAGCAGUCCAAGCCUUCAUAUCAGGGCGACUUCCGCGACAAUAAUCUGGCUUGGAAGAAGACCGCGCGCAAGCCAACGGGAGAUGAGCAGGAACUCCUCUUCACACACCAAGAGAAAGAGAAAGAAGCCGAGGGUCUCACUAUGGCUGCACGAAAACUGACCGUUCGACGAGGCAAGACGGUCCGGGCUGCCGCCGGGCUUCGACUGGCUUCGGGCAGCGGGAAGAAGGAAGGAAAGUCUGAGCCGUCUGAGGCAUUCUCAGGGACGCUGCGGGAGACACUGAACAUGGUGGCUCAGGAACAGAACUUCAUUAUCCAAUUCUUCCAUCUCAAUUCUCUUGAGAGCGCCGAUUUUCCCGACUUGGUGUCUGCGACCAUUCCGGAAAAUCGCUCUUGUCCCGAUUUCUCUGUCAACCAGCCGCAUGAUCCUGAUCGGGGAAUGGCAAAGAGAGUCGAGCAAAUCAUGGAUGAUGUCUACUCAUUCUGGCCGAAUGACAUGCAGAGCAUGGUGGACUGGGCAAUGCAGGCUGACCCUCUUCAAGGAAUUGGUAUUCUCCAUGCCUUGGAGACUGCCAUGAAUGACUUUGAUGACACGAACCAAGAGUUCAUUCUUCACUCACUGCAGAAAAUCCAUUCCCGCCUGAUGGGACUGUUCAACCGAUUUGUAGAUGAGCAAAUCCGGGGCAUUGAGGACACCAAAGUCAAAGUGAACAAGCGGAAGGGAGUAAUUUCCUUCAUGCGGGUGUUCCCCAACUUCUCCAAUGCGGUGGAAAGUAUGCUGUCAUCCCCCUCCGGCUCCUUCUGUGACAUUCGCGUUAGCGUCAAUGACGCGUACGACCGCAUCAACCGUGCGAUGUGGGAGUCACUCAAGUUCAUCGCCAAGGAAGCGCCUGGCCAACCUCCGGGUGUCACUGCGGGUGCGGGUGAUCCGGAAGACAAGGAGAUCCUGAACUACCACAUUCUCCUCAUCGAGAACAUGAACCACUACAUCGAGGAAGUAGAUGUGCACAACAUCCCCGCACUUGAACGCUGGACCGACCGAGCCCACCAAGACUUCCAAGAGCACAUGAAGCUCUACCUCGACGCGGUCAUUCACCGCCCACUGGGCAAACUGAUUGAUUUUGUACAGUCAAUUUCCAACCUCCUCGCUGCGGGCGGUAACCCGACCGAUAUUGCAGCCCGCGCCAGCCACUCCCGCAUGGUGGCCAAGAAGGUUCUCACCUCCUACGAUAAUAAGGAAAUCCGCCGUGGCAUCGAAAUGCUUAAGAAGCGUGUUGAGAAGCACUUUGGUGACGCCGACGACCCUGGUCUUAGUCGCAGCCUUGUUAUCAAGGUGCUUCGGGAGUGCGAGAAUCGGUAUGAGAAUACUUAUGACCUCACCCGGAAGAUUAUUGAAGAUGUCUACGAGGGUCAAUUGGAUCUGGACUGGCGCAAGGAAGAGACCCUUAGCAUGUUCCGGAAAUGAGAUGUACUUCGUAUUGAAAGUUAAAUCUAUUCCCCUUUGUUUUGUUUUUG